AGGCUCUAUUAGUCUAUGCUCGGAUGGAAAAGAAAAACAAAAGGCAAAUUUUCUUUUCUGUCAUUUCAAAUUUUAUAUUUCCCACGCGAAUUUUCCAAACUUCACUUUGCUCUGGAACAGAUAUUUCAAUAGCAAAAGCUUUAAUUAUUUCAAUUAUGGGCGUAGAUGUUGAAACUCUUUCCCCGGGAAAUGGCUCCACAUACCCCAAGCCUGGACAGACAGUGGUAGUUCACUAUACAGGAACUCUACAGAAUGGAAAGAAGUUCGACUCCUCCAGGGACCGUGGUCAACCUUUCAAAUUUACCCUGGGCAAGGGCGAUGUUAUCAAGGGCUGGGACCAAGGAUUGGCUAAAAUGUCCGUAGGAGAGAGAGCAAGACUCACAUGUUCACCAGACUUUGCUUACGGCUCCCGAGGACACCCCGGUGUCAUACCACCAAAUUCUACCCUGAUUUUUGAUGUUGAACUGUUGCGUGUUGAAUAGUUAUGAUAUUUCACAAACAAAAUAAUUUAUUGCUUGACAAAUUAUAAUAGAUUUAUGUAAACUGUCUGCUACAAAUGUUCUCAAAGUUCCUUUAUCCGCCUGAUGGAAAGAAAAGUUGACAUUUGACAUAAUAAAUGCAGACUGUAAACCCUAUUAUGUAAUUACUCUAUUUAUUGACAGUAUUUUGGACAUGUUUGAGUAUUGCUUUAUACAUUGCAACUUAAAUGGCAACUAUAGAGAUUCCUUGAGGUAAUCAAAUUAUAAGGUACACUUCUCAAUUCCAUCAAAUACAUGGAACCUUGUUCAUAAAUGUUGACUAGGAAUUUCUUAACAAUUAUCUCCCUCUCUAUCUUUGCUAUAGAGUUAGGGAAAGAGGGAUGACCAAUGUUUUUUAUCAAUGUUUGUGCAUCCAUCAAGUAGACUUCGGCUUGAUUUCUACCUGUUAUGAUGGUUAGUGCUGAUGAUCUGUUGGUGUGGGUCAGGCAUAUCUGGGUUGUUCAGUGCCAAACAGAAGGCAGCACAAACUUCUGUCCAGAGAGGUGAGGACUUAACCAGGAUUAACACCAGGAGGGAGAAGUGCUAUGCAAUAAGUGAUAAGAAACACUAUAUUCAAUAAUGCUUUUUUUUGGCAAUGCCAAUGUUAAGAUGAAGGCAGAAAGGCACCAGUUUAAAAAUGUCCAUAGCACAUAACUUAUGCAUUUCCCGUUAUUAAACAUUUCUGUUCUAAGGAACUGUAUUAUUUAAUAUAUUUAAUAAUCUCAAGCUAGUUUAGUUUAGCAUUUACUUAAUGUAUUAAUCUUUGUUAAUUAUUCUGUUUCUUCAAUUUUAUUUAAUAAUUUUAAUAAAUAAAAUAACAUGUGUAAAA